AUGUUUUAUCCACAGAUGCAACUCCUUAACAGCACUGACACAGAAAAGCCAACAAACAUUACCAAAUUCAUCCUUACAGGAUUCAGGAAUCUCCAAGAGCUGCAAAUUCUUCUGUUCUUCCUCUUUCUGUUAAUCUAUAUGAUAACUUUAGCUGGGAAUAUUCUGAUAGUUAUGCUUGUUAUAAAAGAGAAACAUCUUCAUACACCCAUGUAUUUCUUCCUUGGAAAUUUUUCCUGUAUAGAGACAUGCUAUAGUUCUACCAUUCUUCCCAAAGCUUUGAUCAGUCUUCAAACUGGGGACAGAUCCAUCUCAUUCCAGCUGUGUUUUGUUCAACACUAUUUCUUUGCAUCACUAGGAGCAGUUGAAUGCUAUCUCUUAUCUGUAAUGUCAUAUGAUCGGUAUUUAGCUAUCUGCCACCCUUUACAUUAUACAAUCCAAAUGAGUGGUAGAUUCUGUGUGCAGUUAGUCGGAGGCUCUUUUCUUAGUGGAUUUUUGGCUAUUUCCAUAACAAUCACCUUAGUGUCCAACUUAGCUUUUUGUGGGCCAAAUGAAAUUAAUCAUUUCUUUUGUGAUGUCUUCCCACUCAUAGAAUUGUCUUGCAGUGACACUCAUCUCCUGAAGAUUCUGAUUUACCUUAUUUCCUUUUUAUUCACCAUACCUCCAUUUUUGUUGACCCUAAUAUCAUAUGGUUGCAUUAUCACUGCCAUCCUGAAAAUUUCUUCCAGCAGUGGUAGACAAAAAGCCUUUUCUACAUGUUCCUCUCACCUUAUUGUAGUUACCAUUUUUUAUGGCACCAUAACAAUUGUCUAUAUCUUACCCAAUACUGAUACAUUGAGAAACCUUAAUAAAGUGUUUUCUGUCUUCUAUGCUGUUCUGACACCCAUGAUAAAUCCACUUGUCUACAGCCUGAGAAACAAUGAAGUAAAGAGGGCACUGAGAAAACAUAUAUAUCAGUUAUUUGUGAAUUUAAUCAUAAUCAACAAAACUAGCUAUGUUUAA